AUAAAUUUAUUAAUCACAACGUUUAACAUUGCAAAUUUUGGUGUCUCACUUGUUAAUCGCCAUGAAAUUGAACUUCAUAAUGCCAUUUCCAAUAUAAUAAAAAAUACUGUAAAUGAUUAUGUUGAAAUUGAAUACAAAAUGGGAACUUGAUUUUGACGAUCCGUCGGAACCGCAUGAUGUACAAUUUGUGGACGUGUAUGAUAUUGAUGCUGAAGAAGAUAAUUAUGAAGACAAAGUUUGUAUUGUGGAUAACGAAGGUGGAAAUGUAAACUUAAAUUACAAAAGAAAAGCAGUUGAAUUUUGGAACAGUGGAAAAAAAGGACAUUUAGCUAUUACUGCUGUACAGAAUCGUUUUAGAAAGGUAAAAUCUGUUUCGCAAUUGCAUAGAUGGGAAGAAAAUGUAAUGCGCGGAGGGUCAAACAGGGACAAACUUGUAUUUAUUGCCGAAUAUGUACUAUCGCAAUUCCAAGAAGCUAUUGAUAGAGGAUCUAUCAUUCACGACAUAGAUUUGCGAAAAUGGGCAUUACAAGCAAAGGAGCAAAUAGACUUUUCUUCAUUUAGAGCAGGAAAUUGUUGGAUAUGGAAUUUUAAAAAAGCAAAUCGCAUUGUAUCACGUAAAAUAACAAGUUUUAAAACGCGAUCUUCUCAUGCAGCUGAUGUAACAAUAUGUCAAAGCGCAGAGGAAUUUGUGAGACAGGUUAAACCACAUAUUGAUGUUAUCGGUACAGGAUCAAUUUAUAAUGCAGAUAAAAGCGGCUUUAAUUUCGAAAUAAAUUCUGGAAGAACAUUAACCUAUACCAUUAUGCCCAUUAUAUCUGCAGAUGGACAUCUUCUUUCACUUCUGUAUAUAGUACUAAAAGAAUCUAGUAGAAAAUUUGGACCACGAGUAGAAGAAACUCUUUUUAGACCUAUUAAUGUUUAUAUUGCGGCUUCAAAAUCCGGAGAACUCACAAGCCAACAUUUCAAAAACUGGUUUGAAGAAGUAUAUUUACGAAAUACUGAAGAAAAAAGUCUACUCCGGCUUGAUUCAUGGACAGGACAUUGUCCGGAACAAUUAAAAGAAUUUAUACCAGCAGAUAAACAAAAUUUGGAAAAAUUUUGA